GCAUUACAGCGAGGAAGGCUCCACCAGAUGGCAGUUUAGGAUUGUUCCUUUCUGCUCCAAGGCGCGGUUCCCGCUUCUCACGACAUAUUUACAAUAUUAAAAUCUACACACUUUUAUCAGAUAUAUCGAUUAUUUUAUUUCGGAAGACUGUAAUCGAUUGGUCAAUGGCCGGUAAAGGGGCUGGUGUGUUGUGAGGUGCUGUGUCCCCAGUGUUGAGUGAAUUUGGUCACCACUCUGUAACCCCCCCCCACACACACACACACACACACACACGGUUGACCCCGUACCGAGCCACACCCCUCCCUCCAGCGGACCACACACACCCACUCUUUCCCGAGGACACACACCCCUCCCUCCAGCGGACCACACACACCCACCCUUUCCUGAGGACACACACCCCUCCCUCCAGCGGACCACACACACCCACCCUUUCCUGAGGACACACACCCCUCCCUCCAGCGGACCACACACACCCACUCUUUCCUGAGGACACACACCCCUCCCUCCAGCGGACCACACACACCCACUCUUUCCUGAGGACACACACCCCUCCCCUGCAGCAGUCAGGAUGAUCACCUCUGAGCUGCCUGUCCUACAGGACUCGUCCAAUGAGAGCGGAGCGGCAGACACAGUGAGUCUGAGUGUGAGUGUGAGUGAGCUGGAGGACCCGACAGACACUAAAGGCAAGAAGAAGAGAGGGAGGCCUGGCAGACCACCAGCAGCCAAUAAGAAGCCUCGGAAGUCCCCAGCGGAGAAGGCUACAGGCGGGGCUAAAGGGAGGAAGGCCAAUGGGGUCCCUCAGACCAACGGCGAGGGAGGAGACCCCGUCACUCUGUUUGAGGUGGUCAGAAUGGGAAAGAGUGCCAUGCAGUCUGUGGUUGAUGACUGGAUCGAGUCGUACAAGCAGGACAGAGACAUCGCCUUACUGGACCUCAUCAACUUCUUUAUCCAGUGUUCUGGCUGCAAAGGCACCGUGCGCAUCGAGAUGUUCCGCAACAUGCAGAACGCUGAGAUCAUCAGGAAGAUGACAGAGGAGUUUGACGAGGACAGUGGGGACUACCCUCUCACCAUGCCCGGGCCGCUGUGGAAGAAGUUCCGCUACAACUUCUGUGAGUUCAUCUGCGUAUUGAUACGUCAGUGCCAGUACAGCAUCAUCUACGAUGAGUACCUCAUGGACACGGUCAUAUCCCUCCUCACGGGACUGUCUGACUCACAGGUCAGAGCUUUCAGACACACCAGCACACUGGCAGCGAUGAAGUUGAUGACAGCGUUGGUGAACGUGGCAUUGAACCUCAGUAUCCACCAGGACAACACCCAGAGACAGUAUGAGGCUGAGAGGAACAAGAUGGCCGGAAAACGGGCCAAUGAGAAGCUAGAGCUGCUGCUGCAGAAGAGGAAGGAGCUCCAGGAGAACCAGGAUGAGAUUGAGAACAUGAUGAACUCUAUCUUCAAAGGAAUCUUUGUCCACCGCUACAGGGAUGCUAUAGCUGAGAUCAGAGCUAUCUGUAUUGAGGAGAUUGGAGUUUGGAUGAAGAUGUACUCUGACGCCUUCCUCAACGACAGCUACCUGAAAUAUGUAGGAUGGACCUUACACGACCGGCAAGGUGAGGUCCGUCUGAAGUGUCUGAAGGCUCUCCAGAACCUGUACACCAACAGAGAACUGUUUCCUAAACUGGAGCUGUUCACCAACCGCUUCAAGGACCGCAUCGUGUCCAUGACUCUGGAUAAGGAGUAUGACGUGGCUGUGGAGGCUAUUAGACUGAUCACUCUCAUCCUGCAAGGCAGCGAGGAUGCGUUGUCCAAUGAGGACUGCGAGAAUGUCUACCACCUGGUUUACUCCGCCCACAGACCUGUCGCCGUGGCAGCAGGAGAGUUUCUGCACAGGAAGUUGUUCAGCAGACAUGACCCCCAGGCAGAGGAGGAGUUGGCUAAGAGGAGAGGGAGGAGCAGCCCCAACGGGAACCUCCUCCGCAUGCUGGUGCUGUUCUUCUUGGAGAGUGAGCUUCAUGAACAUGCAGCCUAUCUGGUGGACUCUCUGUGGGAGAGUUCUCAGGAGCUGCUGAAGGACUGGGAGUGUAUGACUGAGUUACUGCUGGAGGAGCCUGUACAAGGAGAGGAGGUGCUGUCAGACAGACAGGAGAGUUCCCUGAUAGAGUUGAUGGUGUGUACCAUCCGGCAGGCAGCAGAGGCUCACCCACCCGUCGGCAGGGGCACUGGGAAGCGUGUUCUCACGGCGAAGGAGAGGAAGACUCAGAUAGACGACAAGAACAAACUGACAGAACACUUCAUCAUGGCCCUGCCCAUGCUCCUGUCUAAGUACCAGGCCGACUCUGAGAAGGUGGCUAACCUGCUACAGAUCCCUAUGUUCUUUGAUCUGGACGUGUACAGUGCUGGGCGUAUGGAGAAGCACCUAGAUGCCUUACUGAAGCAGAUCCGCCUGGUGGUGGACAAACACAUUGAGACAGAUGUUCUGGAGGCCUGCAGUAAGACCUACAGCAUCCUAUGUUCUGAGGAGUACACCAUCAUGAACAGAGUGGACAUCGCCCGCUCGCAACUCAUCGACGAGAUAACGGACCGCUUCACACACUCCGUAGAAGACCUGCUGCAAGAGGCCGAGGAGGCCGACGAUGACGACAUCUACAACGUUCUGUCUACCCUCAAGAGACUCACGGCCUUCCACAAUGCUCAUGACCUGACGCGGUGGGACCUGUUUGGUAGCUGCUACAGGUUGUUGAAGGCUGGUAUUGAGCAGGGGGCCAUGCCAGAGCAGAUCGCUGUCCAGGCCCUGCAGUGUUCCCACUACUCCAUACUGUGGCAGCUGGUGAAAAUCACAGAGGGAACUCCUAGUAAGGAGGACCUGGUGGCUCUGAGGAGAGUGGUGAAGUCCUUCCUGGCUGUCUGUCAGCAGUGUCUGUCCAAUGUCAACACACCUGUCAAAGAACAGGCCUUCAUGUUGUUGUGUGACCUGCUGAUGGUCUUCAGUCACCAGUUGGUGUCUGGGGGCAGAGAAGGACUGGAGGCCCUAGUGUUCAACCCAGACAGCACCUUACAGAACGAGCUGCUCACCUUCAUCCUGGACCACGUCUUUAUAGAUCAGGACGAUGAGAACCAGAGCAUGGAAGGCGAUGAGGAGGAUGAAGCCAAUAAGAUAGAAGCUCUUCACAAGAGGAGAAACCUGCUCGCAGCCUUCAGCAAACUCAUCAUCUAUGACAUCGUGGACAUGCCUGCUGCUGCAGACAUCUUCAAACACUACAUGAAGUAUUAUAAUGACUAUGGUGAUAUCAUCAAGGAGACUCUCAGUAAGACCAGACAGAGUGAUAAGAUCCUCUGUGCCAAAACCCUCAUCCUCAGUCUGCAACAGCUGUUCAACGAGCUUCUCCAGGACCAGGGUCCUACUCUGGACAGAACGUCGUCUCACGUCAGCGGCAUCAAGGAGUUGGCCCGGCGCUUCGCCCUCACCUUCGGCCUGGACCAGAUCAAAACCAGAGAGGCUGUCGCUACACUGCACAAGGAUGGUAUAGAGUUUGCCUUUAAGUACCAGAACCCCCAUGGUGCAGAGUUCCCUCCUCCUAACCUGGCCUUCCUAGAGGUCCUCUCAGAGUUCUCCUCCAAACUGCUGCGACAGGACAAGAAGACUGUUCACUCGUAUCUGGAGAAGUUUAUGUCGGAGUCGAUGUCGGAGCGCCGUGAGGACGUGUGGCUGCCCUUAAUCUCCUACCGGAACAGUCUGCUAACAGGAGGAGAGGAUGGGGACCGGAUGUCGGUCACGUCAGGCGCCAGCAGCAAGACCAGCUCCAUCCGCAGCAAGAAGGGACGGACGCCAAUACACAAGAGUAAACGCAUCGAGGAGGAGAGUAGUGUGGAGGCCUCCUGGCUUCGUGGUAAUGACAGCCUCCAGACACCGGGGGCGCUAACCACCCCUCAGCUCACCUCCACCGUCCUCAGAGAAAACCCACGGCAGGCGGCUGACACACACCUACCUGACCACGACUCUGAACCUGGCUCAGAGAACGACUAUGUACACAAUCCCCAGAUGCAGAUGUCUUGGCUAGGCCAACAGAAGAUGGAGGACAGCAGGAAGGAUAGAACAGCCAUGAACUACAUGAAGGCCCGCAACCAGACUGUCAGACAAACUGUUCGUGGUCUUAUGGAGGAUGACGCAGAGCCAAUCUUUGAGGACGUCAUGAUGUCAUCGCGAGGUCAACUGGAGGACAUGAACGAGGAGUUCGAAGACACCAUGGUCAUCGACCUGCCUCCCUCCAGGAACAGACGUGAGAGGGCGGAGCUCAGACCAGACUUCUUCGACUCAGCAGCCAUGAUCGAGGACGAGUCGGGUUUCACCAUGCCCAUGUUCUGAUCCAGUGUUCCCGGUCCUUCCUGAAAGGGGGAGGAGCCUUCGACAUGAUGAGCUGUCAAUCAAACAUCAGACUGUCUUGUCAGAACUUUUAUCACACACACUUGAACACCCAGACGAACUCUGAUCAGCCAGUUGACGGCCUUGUGUUUGUGUGUGUGUGUGGAUCUGUUGGGAUCUACCCUGAAGCUCCAGGGAUCCACUCACUGACCGGCCGGAGGAUCCCACGCAACCCUGAGAAUUUCGGACAAAAUAUCGUACAGAGUAUCUAUCGUACAUAGAGAAGAUCUUUUAUCGUUCAGUGGACGUGUGGGUGUGUUGGCUACAAACCGGACAGAAUAUCGGACAAAAUAUCGUACAAAACAUUGUUCCACAUUUCUUUAAAAAUAUUGUAAACUUUCGGCCCUUCCUUCCUAACUUGUUAGCAUUCUGGCUAAUCUCUCCGCUAGCUCUGUGGUACUCAUGGCCCUGUGCGCCCGGCUAUACAGUCCCCCAUGCCACACAGUUGUAUGGUUGUUUCGUUCCACUUCCGACGUCAUGUAUAGACCCCCCCCCCAGAUGGAACUUGAUAUUUAAUGUGAUAAAUCUUUACUCUCUCACUCCUGUCUCUCUUUACUCUCUCUUCCCUUUCAAUAGUGUUGAGAAUAUCCUGUAUUUGGUUUUAUUGGCAAAUGCACCAAACAGCAAGCAAUGGGACCAGAACUAGAAGAGUUCUCAUUGGCCAUACAAGAGGCUGUGACAUCAUAGCCAAAUCCCAAGCCACUCCCCAUCAGAGCUUCAGACAGACACACCCACGGUGGAAUUGCGGCUUUUUAAAGACGUUUUAAAAAUACAUAUAUUUUGAAUUUCAGUAGCUUUAGUACAAAGUUUUAAAUGAAGUGAGUUUUUAAUUUUUUUUGUCUGAUAUAUUUGUUUGUACAGUUAUCUUUCUGAAAAAGUAUCUUGUUUGUUGCCAAACGGUUGCCUAAAUGCUUAUAUCUGAUUAGGCCCUACUGCUCAGGCUGUUGCCAUGGAUACCCAGCCUGUUAAGCGCCAUAUAAGGGUGUGUCCAGUGCGACCAUAGGUAGUUGUGCAGGCUCAGUCUAAAGUGACUUCCUUUUCAUCUGCACUGAUGAGGAAGACCUGGACAGGUAACUGCUAAUAUCCAGUAGCCUUCUACCAUAUUCAUUUCACUUGUCCUCUUUUCAGAUCAGUGCAUAUGAAGGUGGAGACCAGCAGAGAAUACCCCUCUAGUCUUAUGUGGCUGUAGUUACACAUAACAGUUGAUUGGUUGUCUUAUCACUUUGACCCACCCCUAUUGUUCUUCUACUGGCUGGUUAAGCUGCCCUUCUGUAAAUAUCAGAGAUGAUUGGUUCUUUCUGUAGCGAUGGCAUCACCUGCCCUUUAACCUUCUGAAAUACUGUUUUUUUUCUUCCUGUGAACUUGUUGAUCUUAUCUUUUUUAAAUAAAUAAAAUCUGUAAUCUAA